CGCCCGGUGGCAUCCCGGGUGGUGGCGGUUUUGGUGCCCGAAUCCGGGAGCGCAGAGUCGUUCCCAGGAGAGGCGGCCAGGCUAUGAUUGCCGGUCCCCGGCGUCCCGCUCCGGCCAGCCAGCGUCCCUGUCUCAGCCCGUGCCCGUGCCCGAGAGGUUUCCUCAGCCCGGCCCCGAGGCGCAGUUGGCGGCGGCGCCCCUGGCGCGCCCCCUCCUCCGAUGGCGGCGGAAAUCCAGCCCAAGCCGCUGACCCGCAAGCCGAUCCUGCUGCAGCGGGUCGAGGGGUCUCAAGAGGUGGUGAAUAUGGCCGUGAUCGUGCCCAAAGAGGAGGGCGUCAUCAGUGUCUCAGAGGACAGGACUGUUCGUGUUUGGUUAAAGAGAGACAGUGGGCAGUACUGGCCAAGCAUAUACCAUGCAAUGCCUUCUCCAUGUUCAUGCAUGUCUUUUAACCCGGAAACAAGAAGACUGUCCAUAGGUCUAGACAAUGGUACAAUCUCAGAGUUUAUUUUGUCAGAAGAUUAUAACAAGAUGACUCCUGUGAAAAACUAUCAAGCGCAUCAGAGCAGAGUGACAAUGAUCCUGUUUGUUCUGGAGCUGGAGUGGGUGCUGAGCACGGGACAAGACAAGCAGUUUGCCUGGCACUGCUCUGAGAGUGGGCAGCGCCUUGGAGGUUAUCGCACCAGUGCUGUGGCCUCAGGCCUGCAAUUUGAUGUUGAAACCCGGCAUGUGUUUAUUGGUGACCACUCAGGCCAAGUAACAAUCCUCAAACUGGAGCAAGAAAACUGCACCCUGGUCACAACAUUCAGAGGACACACAGGUGGGGUGACUGCUCUCUGUUGGGACCCAGUCCAGCGAGUGUUAUUCUCGGGCAGUUCAGAUCACUCUGUCAUCAUGUGGGACAUCGGUGGGAGAAAAGGAACAGCCAUUGAGCUCCAAGGACACAAUGACAAAGUCCAGGCUCUCUCCUAUGCACAGCACACACGACAGCUCAUCUCAUGUGGUGGUGACGGUGGGAUAGUCGUCUGGAACAUGGACGUGGAGAGGCAGGAGACACCUGAGUGGCUGGACAGUGAUUCCUGUCAAAAGUGUGAUCAGCCUUUCUUCUGGAACUUCAAGCAAAUGUGGGACAGUAAGAAAAUAGGCCUAAGACAGCACCAUUGCCGUAAGUGCGGGAAGGCUGUCUGCGGCAAGUGCAGCUCCAAGCGUUCCUCCAUCCCCCUGAUGGGCUUCGAGUUUGAAGUGAGAGUCUGUGACAGCUGCCAUGAAGCCAUCACAGAUGAAGAACGUGCUCCCACAGCUACCUUCCAUGACAGUAAACAUAACAUUGUGCACGUGCAUUUUGAUGCAACCAGGGGAUGGUUACUGACUUCUGGAACCGACAAAGUCAUUAAGUUGUGGGAUAUGACCCCAGUAGUGUCUUGAUGACUCUCCCAGGAAAUCAGAAAGAUAGUAUUUACUAAAGAAACGGUUGUUCUAAUCCACAUGGCUACUGAAGCAGCAAAACUCCGUGCGAGAAGUAAGAGAAGCUGAAGCCCCGAGGUGAAUCUGCACCCUACCUAUGCAGUCAGUGGGAACUAGCAAAAGGACACUUGCAGGGACUCUUCAACUUGUUCAUACGAUAUAAAAGAAGAUAUUUUUUUAACAAAUGGUUUAUACAGUCUGGCUGUGCUACAUUGUUUUGAGUAUAUUGAAAAAUCUGUGUGGGGUGUUUAAUUUUUCUAUUUUUCAACCCUCCGUUUUACUUAUUGCUUUGUGUGUUGGAGAAAUAAGGGAAGCGUCGACCUGUCCAGGGUGUGUUGGUCAUUCUAAAGUAGUUUUCACAUCUGCCUCACCCGGGCAUGUCGUGUGGUCAGCAUCUUCUCUUCUGUCUUCAUCUCCCUGCGACUUUGCCGCUUUUCUCCAGAGUAUUGUUAUUUAUGCUCUUCACUCCCAGUGUUGCUACUCGCAUGUCCUCCUCCGUGGAGAGAGCUGGAAAACCAUUUCUGUGGAUCCGCCAGCUGACUUCUUGACUCCCUGAGGGAGAUCCGUUUGUAUGGUCUGACCUGUUCAUGUUCUUACCGAGGAGGAAUGCCCUUGUGUUUCUGCCUUAGUCUUCUGUCUUUCCCCACUUAGAAAAUGCUGUGAGAAAGCUGCUCCUAACCAUUGUCACCCCAGAAGUAGAUGAGUAGGUCUCAGAGCUUCCGCCAUCAGUGCCUGGAUCAGUCACCAUUCAGUUGGGGCCUCCUGAGCCUUCUGUGUUUUAGUUUUUUUGGAUAGCUCUCCCUCACAACAUUCAAAACCAACAAAAACCUAAACCUAAAUAAGCGUCUUUAGGGUGUUUUUCUGUGUGACAUCAUCUCGGAACUUGAACCUUUAUUACUUCAAGAUUGCUAUCCUGCUCUGUUCUUCAUUAUCUGUAUUUUCUUCCUCUUUAAAAACCAGAUAUUCAGACAUUUUUAUCUUAAGUUAAUCCAUCAGAACGCUUUGCACACUUUUAUUCUAAGAUUAUAUGUGACCUGAGAUAUAAAGGUACUGAAAUGCUACAGCUUGUGCCGUGUCCCUGCUGGGAACUUAAGAGAGGACUUUCGAAAAUGAGCCCGAAGAAUUCUUACUUCUAAGGGAAUCCCAUCGAACUUUAUAAAAUGAAAUAAGCAAUGCACCUGAGGAUAUUGAAUUCCUUUUUAAAAUCUUAUUUUCACCCAUAAAAAUAGAAUUAAAAUUUAGUGGUAAGCAUAUGCCAGGUACCUGCCCCACUGUAAGCACUUUACCACCUCAUUGGCUCCUUACCUGGCAGGCAUACAGGGGGAGCACUAAGACUCUUGUGGAUCAGCAGUCUAAAUAAUAAAGUCUUACAGACAAAUUGGCCAACUGUUUGCCCUUCCCUGUGGGUCCUAUCUCCAGUGUCUUGUUCACUUCUGAUUUGAGUUUGGGGAUGGUAGGUAAGAUUUGAGUGAAAUUGAAAUCCUCCCUAUUGUUUUUCUUCUUAGGGUGGAAAACAGUGUUUCCCCUCAUGAUCAUUCAAUACUUUUCUAACUGAGGGACGUGCCACAGACAGCACCCUAGUAUCCACCUAGUCAUGCUUGCUAGAGAUGAGGCUUCCUGCAGACGAUUCUACUGGCCAGUGUGUGUGUCUCACACAGCCACUGACAACACUGUCACCUGAGUCUGGAACUCCAAGUCCAUAUGUAUGCACUCCCAAGUCACACAACUUGUGACUUCACUGACCCCUCCCUUGCUCUUGCUUGCACUCAAGAGUUGCUAUCACUGCUUUGAGUCUCUUCUGCAUGAUUGCUCUGUGAGAGAGCUUUAAAAAGGGAAUUACACUUAAAAUACUCAAAUAUCUAUUUUGUAGUUGAUUACUAGAACCUGCAACCCCUUACUCGUUGUACCUAAUAGAGAGUUGCAUGUUGGAAGAAAUGGAAAUGAACUGCUCUGUUUUCCCUUCCUGAACUUUAGAGUGAGGCCUGCGUACAGGGAGGGAAACCUAGGAUCAGGACCCAGCAAACAUUGCGUGGAUUCCCAGUUAGGUACACAUGAGUUCAGACCUCCUUUGGGAUGCUGAUUGGGCCCAUUAGAUCACACACAUACACUGUGGCUGCUCUGUUCCCUGUCUCUGAGCUUCGCUCCAGCCACCUCCCUCUCAGCAUUGCUCUGGCCCAACCCACAGAGCCACUCCCACAUUGAAACCUCUCUGGUGAUGAGAAUUAUGAUUGGAAACCAGAUAGGUCAAGGUAGCCCUUGCUCUGCCCUCUCCUUUCCUUUCAUCUGUGUGGGUGCUUGAAUUUGGUGAGAAGUGUUUAGCAAAUCGGGUGCAUGAGUUUGUAAUACUGUGAAUUCUUGAGUUUUGCAUUGUCUUCACCAUUUUUGUAACUCAAGGAGAAAUGUGUGCCAGUGUUGGGUGUCUUCCAAGCAAUUUGUGGAAAAGGAGGCUUCAUUCAUUAGGAGUGAAAGCUGACUCCAGCACUUGGCUUUUCUCCUGCAUCGGCGAAAAUCAUAGUUCUUGUUUUACCCUAUUGGAUUUGCACUUUACAUUUAUUUUUGCUCUGUUACUUAAACAUAAAGCUACUCUGGCAAUUAAUACCUAACAUGGCUAUGUUGGGGAAGUGGCAAAACUGCACAUAUCACACACAGAGUUGUUCCAUUUGGUAGAAUAAAACCAAUCUCAUGUUCUUGGUUCCUCUAUUGAAUGACGUUACUGGAGCCUUCAGCUGCCUGGGUGUGUCUCCAUAGUAGCAAAGAUGGUUUUAGACUAAGUACUUGGAAUUUUGUGUCAUUUUUAUAUGAGGUCAAUCAACCAUAAUAUGUUCCUCAUUUGAUUGAUUGAAGUAUUCAGAGAAUCAUAAAAUCACAAAACUGGAAGGGAUCUUUGUUUGUUUUUUGGCACUGGGGGUUGAACCAGGGGCACUUUUCCACUGAACGAUACCUCAGCUCUUUAAUUUUUUAUUUUGAGAUAGGGUCUCUCUAAGUUGCUGGGACUGACCUCAAACUUUCCGUCUUCUUGCCUAAGCCUCUGGAGUCCUUGGGAUUACAGGUGUGUGCCUGUAAUCAUACUUGGCUCUAGAAGGGAUCUUGAGAUCUAGAAUGUUCCAAGCAGAAAACACUUCAGUCAUGUCAGGAGAUCUAGAAUGUUCCAAGCAGAAAACACUUCAGUCAUGUCAGGCAAUUAGAUAUUACUGACAUAUAAACCAGAAAAACCAAAAGAAUAUUCAAGGAACAAUUGUUUUUGAGCACUACUUAGGAAUGGCAUGAGUGGGAGAAGCCAUGUCAGUGCCCUGAGACUGGGAACUCUCUGGAACCAGGUUUAUUCCUCUCAGUUGUGUGUUUGACACGGCUUUUGGACCUGGCCCUGUGGUUAUGAGUGGGUGAGUACUAUAUCAGGAGGCAGUUAUUGCAGUUCUUCACCCACAAAAAUUCAUAUCCACACUGUUUUCCCAGACCACCCCAGGGGCAAAAUCGACUUGGAAAUCCAGGGGCCCUGAAAAUACUUACUGCCCUAAUUGUUGAAGGCUGGUCUCAGGUCCCUGGAGUCUGCUGCAUUUUUCCUUCUUGUGGGACAUCACUUUUUCAUCUUCUGAGUCUCAUUUCUUAGAGCAUUAUGUAUUUUUGUUUAACAUCAAACCUUAAAUCUUAAAUUUCAGCUUUUAAAAAGCACCAGAAUAGCUCUAAACUGUAUGUCACUGUUAGUGGACAUAAAUAUUCAUUAAAUGAGAUUUCUUUGGUUUUGCCUUUUCAUGGUUGUUUAAUCGUAUGUCAGUAAGCUUGUUCGGUAGGAUUUUUAUUUUAAAAUGGGAGAAAAUCACUUUAUGAAAAUGUUAUUUUUCUCCUUUAAAAAUAAUGUUAUGUUGAAUUUUACCUGGUGUGAAAGUAGAUAUUUAGCAACUUGAUUAGAAAACACAAAUCCAUUUCCAACAUCGAGUUUUCUAGAUGAUCCUUGAGAUUCUAGUCCAGGUCAUCCCACUUUUGUUGAGUACCCACCAUGCUCCAGGCUUCGAAUUAGGCACUGGGGUCACCAGGUCUCCCAGGCCCCUACCUGGCUGGGCAGGAGCCACAGAGAUGAGUAAAUGGGUCAUUUCAGUACUCUGUGAUUAGUGUAAUGAGAGAGGUGUGUUGGGGGUGCCUCCAACCCAGCAGGUGGGGCAGAAGGAACCUGGCAGAGGAAAGGACUUCAGAGCUGAGUGUCACAUGAUAAAGAGUGAGCCAAGUAGGGAGAGAAAGGAAACCUAGGCAGCUGAAACAGCCAAAAGUCCUCAUCUUCACCUGGUGUGUCCAAGGACACAAAGGGCUUGGCUUUACCAGAGAACCAGAGGUGGCUCAGCUGCAGGCCUGGAGCCUGCGCCUGGGCCACUCUUAGAUGCCGAUGCUUCAGAGCCUCGAGGGAGGGCAAACAGUGUCCAUGAUGGCUUUGAUCAGAUGCUCACCCUGUAGCCAGUGCUAGUAUCAAUUUCUUUUUCUUUGGAAAUUCCAGAAGUGGUAUCUGAAAAUGACCUGGGGUAGCUGAUUUUGGGGCCUUUCUGGAUGUACUGGCUUCCACUGGAGACUGCGGUGGAACAGAGGCCAUCACAUGUGCAGCCCUUUGCCUGGAAGAAUCCAGACUCAUCCAUAGGUGGGCUACACUCAGCUGCUCUGCUCUACAAAAGAAGGUCUGGACCUGCUCUAGGAUGACACAGUGCUAAGUGUCACAGGGCACAAACAGGCAGCUGCAACCCUCCCUGUCCUCAGCCUCAGGCCACUCUCGAAAGUCACAGAUCAUUUCAGUACAAUGUGGUAAAAGCGGAAGGGCCUCCUCAAGGGUCACCUGCCAAGUAGAAUAGAAAGAUCGUUCUCAAUUCAGAGUGGAAGGGACUCAGCAGCCACCAUCAGGAGGACCCUGCUCUGCCAACACAAGAGCACCAUGGCAGGGCUUGGCAGAGCUAUUUCUUGCUGUUACAUUAUUUGCCCUUUUUUAAGACCCAAGUAUCAAAUGUCCAUAACUGAUUUCUAGAACAUCUAUGUUUGCAUUUAAACUUUAGCUCAGCUUUACCACCAGGAAUUACAUACCAACACUCAGUGGGGUUUUAGUUGACAAUUCUACCUUUUAACAUGAGCCUUUCCACCAAGAAGCCUCUUCAGGUCUAACCUGGCAGCAGUGUCUAAAAAGCAAAUCUGCCCAAAAUUGGAGUAAACUCCCUCCCUUUUAUAUUUUCUGAGCCAGGGGAGUUUUUAACAGUAGAUAGCCCUUGUCAGAGAUGUUAAAAAGGAGAUUAAAGUUUUGAGUUAAAGAUGGAUUUGAUAGUCCUGCUUAAGGUCCCUUCUAAUCUUGUGAUUUCACGAUUCUAUGAAUGGUCUUUAUUACUGGACUAACCUAAACCAUUACUAGUCAGAUGACUGACUUCACUCAGACAAAUGAGGGCAUAUCACCAAGUUUGUUUUUGUUUCUGUCACAUCAAAUGCAUUACUUUCUGGAUUUUUCCAUCUAGAGCCUAGUAGGUUUGGUUUUAGAAGAAGAUGGUGAAGGUAGAAAUUAAUCAUGGUACCAUCUCAUUAAAAAUAAAUACCUCAAAAUGUUGACCUUUAGUGAGUCAAGAGUAUCUGACUUCCUCUGGAGAGGAAGUGUCUAGGAAUUUCUGGUUGUUUGAAAGGUUAGAUUUGGAGAUUGUUCUUGAUAUGUAUAAUUCUUUUUUUAAUUUUUUAAUUCCCUUGGUUCUCUAGGAUGCAUGAGAGGGUGAGAUAUAACUCAAAAAAGGGAACUCUGGUUUGCAAAAAAAAAGCAUUUCUCAUAUAUGUAUAUUUUUUAAUCACUUAAAUGAAUGACAGCCUUCUGUCGGUAGCAUACACCAAUAUGAAGAAUGGACCAAAACACUCGUGUCAUUGUUAACCAUUGUUCUCAAAUAUUCAUGACUUAUAUACCAUUUGCCUUGCUUUUUGAAUGACUUUGUUUUUCAAGGUACUGUCAAAUUGCAAAAGAAAACUUUUAUGUGGAAAGUAUAAAACUGUUCCAACUGGACGACAGGGAAGGUGCUGGCCAACCCCACAUCAGUGCCUGCCCACACUGUGUUCAUAACCAGGGUCGCUCUUCCAUGCUGCAUGGCCAUCAGGCUGUGGCCCACAUCUGGACCUGCCUGCAGCAGGCAGGUUACUUUAUGGUUUCUUUUUCCUUUUUCUGGAAUGAGGAGAUUUUCCGAGGGGUCAGGCUGAGAAUGUCGUAAGCCUGAAGCUGAACCAGAUCUCUACAGAGUGGUUCCGGCCAACCCCCCGUGCUCUAUGCCACUGAUCCCCCAGCCAGUCUUGACAUUGACCUCCUAAUGAGGUGGUAUGAGCAAGAAGGUCCUGUGAUGUUGAAAUGCCUAUACCCAGUCCUCCGUUCGUUGCUGCUGAGCAGUGUGUGAUUUCACUCUGCUCAUUUCCCACUGUGCCGCCCUCUAACCUCUAAUGUACAUGUAGCCAUUACCAAUGUAAGACUCUCAUGCAGAGUUGCCUCCAUGGUUUAAAAUAAAUGUCUGUGAAUACCU